GUUUUUUAAUGUUUCUUUAUAUCAUUUCAUCGGUGUAGUGUUUUUUUUUGUUUUUUUUUUGCUUAAUUAGAUUUAGCACGAGCAGUCGAGUAGUUUACCAAACUCUGUUGGUUUCAGUAAAUCGAGUAAACAUCUUGCGGUCAAUUUGCACGCUACAAACUACUUUAUUUAACGACAUGAAAUUAUCACGAUGCCCUCCCUAGUUGACGGGUUGAUGUACCUAAUCAAAAAUAGAAUUACAUCUAAUAAAUUAAAUUACAAAUAAUAAUUUUCACAGUUUAUUUUUAGCAGUUUAUUCGCAAUUGGUAGAGUUUGAGUUGUAUAUAUUUGAAAUUUUAUGAACUCAUCACUGUAGGUACCUAUCGAGUUUUAACGAUGCAAACAGUGUGAAAUAAUAUACCUAAUAGGUACCUAUUUAUUUUAUAUUUCUUUUUAAAAUGAAAAUUAAAAGUUUAUUUUUUACGAUCGUUUGUUCGGUUUCAUCGUGCAUGUGUGAUGUAUUGGAAUCACAUAAAGUGAAUUGUUCCGACGAAAAACAACUGAAUAUAACUUACGAAGAAUAUCGAAACGAAUCUUCCAGAUUAUUUUCGUAUUAUGUCGAACGUACUUUGAAUGAAAAUGUUAAGGGAAAUUUAAUGGAAGCGGCUCAUAAUUCUAGCGAUAAGUUAUUAGAAGUUGAUGAUAUUUUACCGGAGGAUAAAAGUCAUUAUUUGAGAAGAAGACCUCCGACAAUUUGUGGUCGACCGGCUAUCGUUACUUAUCAAUUGACUGUUAUAUCUUUGGAUACCAUAAAUGAAGCUGCGAUGACAUACAGUCUCGACGCUUAUUUAACUGUGGCGUGGAUAGAUCAUAGACUCCGUUUACCAAAUUCAUCUCGCGAUUAUUUGAUUUUAGACCCUAGUUGGUUGAAAGACGUUUGGCAACCUGAUACAGUUUUUAAAAAUGCUAGAGAAGUAGUAUUUCACGAACGAAUUAUACCAAAUCAUUAUUUAUGGAUGUUACCGAAUAAAGCAUUAGUUUACGUAGCCAAGCUAACGUUAAGUCUUACAUGUUCGAUGGAUUUUUCAUACUAUCCUCACGAUACACAAGAAUGUGAUAUGAGAAUGGAAAGUCUGAUGUACACAACAAAAGAAUUAGUGCUCGGAUGGGAUGCAAAAAUUCCAAUUACGUUCCUUACAAAGAAUAGUAAAAUUGUGACGCCUCAAUUUCGUUCGGUACACAAUGAAACGCAAAUCUGUACAAUUCCUUACCUAACUGGUUCUUAUUCAUGUAUUAGAGCUGUGUUUUAUCUGCGUCGAAGUUUAGGUUACCAUUUAAUACACACCUACUUUCCAUCGGGUUUAAUUGUAGUGUUAUCUUGGGUAACUUUUUGGAUCAAAAUCAAAGACAUAAUGCCUAGAAUUGGUUUAGGAGUAACAACAUUACUGACAAUGGCUACUUUGAGCUCUCAAUCGCAAGCAUCUUUGCCGCCAGUAUCUUACAGGAAGGCAAUAGAUAUCUGGAUGACAAUCUGUGCAAUUUUCGUAUUUUCUUCUAUAAUUGAAUUUGCAAUCGUUAAUUAUAUAGUAAGUCGAUUUCCAGAUGACGAAAGUAUUCUAACAUCUGAACCGAAGAACCCGAAGACAUGUAAAGAAAAACUUCGUGCUUAUUUCAGCCACAGACAGAUAUAUAUUAUGGCUCACAACGUUGACAAAGUUUGCAGAUUGCUUUUUCCAGCUUUAUUCUUAGCAUUGAAUAUUUGGUACUGGAGCACAUAUUUACAAGAAGAUGAAAUAAAUGGAAACAAAGUACCGGACGAUGAAAUUUAAUUCAACAGACGUAUCAGCACUUCGUUUUAAAUAAUCAAUGUUUUACAUUUUUUAAAGUGAAACAAAUAGGUCCUUUAAUUAGAGCGAUCAAAAUUGUGCAUUAUCAUUAUUCAACCUAAUAAUAGAUAUAUUAUCAAGAUACAAUUUUAUGAAGUCGAGCAUUUCUUCCACAUAUUGUAUAUUGUCUCGAACCUAACGAGAAAGACCCAGAGAAAAUAGCAUAAUGUAAGUAAUGGUGAAAUGAUGACGUAUUUUUCAAGCUGAAACCUGCAAAUUAUAGGUAUUCUUUAAAGACUUGAACUUCCAAUAUUUCCCCUUUUAGACGUUAUUCUGAUUACAUCACUGUACUUUUAUUCUAUGUUCUUUCUCCACGAUAUUCUACGAUAAUCCACCUAGCUAUUAAGUAUCAAAUAUUUAUUUAGUUCUUCGGAUUCAUCUCUUAAUUAAAAUGACUCCAGUCUAAUAAUGUGAAUGGUUUCACUUCAUUGACACAACGCAGAACAUAUUUUCUAUUUUUAUUACAAAUGUUCGUACAAAAAAACUAGAUUGAAAAAAGUGUAUAAACUAACAAUUAAAAGUGUAUAAAACGUAAGUAUAUAAUGUAUGUUCACAGCAGAUAAUAAAUAAAAUAACGUAUCGAAUUUUCAAAAUUUAAGAUGUUGCACUACGGGAAAAUCGCUUAAAUGUAUCUGGAAUGUCAUGAAAACACUAAUGCAGACUUUAUUCUAAAACAACUUUUAGCCAAAAAAUAAUUAAGGGAGUGAAAAAAUCAACGUUUUAUGUACGAUUGAAAUCAUUCGAGAUUCUAUUACAUGAUAUCACUAGUGGUUUUCGAAUAAUGUCUUUGAAUUACUGCUGCACAUGGGCGGACAUUAACUUAACUUAAAUAAUUAUCAAUAUCAAAAAUAAAAAAGUCGAAUAAUUAUUCGAGGACGGAAAAAUUGUGCAUCACAGAUACGUAAUACGUAUAACAUCAAUGAUUCUAAAUAUUUUCACGAUAUGGCCUACUCUUUCAAUAUAAUACAUCAUAAUUGUAUGGUAAAUUAAAAA